AUGCAGAGGAGCAAUCACACCAUGACUGAGUUCAUCCUGCUGGGCUUCACCACAGAUCCAGGGAUGCAGCUGGGCCUGUUUGUGGUGUUCCUGGGCGUGUACUCUCUGACUGUGGUAGGAAAUAGCACCCUCAUCAUGUUGAUCUGUAAUGACUCCCGCCUCCACACACCCAUGUAUUUUUUCAUUGGAAAUCUGUCAUUUCUGGAUCUCUGGUAUUCCUCUGUCUACACCCCAAAGAUCCUAGUGACCUGCAUCUCUGAAGACAAAAGCAUCUCUUUUGCUGGCUGCCUGUGUCAGUUCUUCUUCUCUGCUGGACUGGCCUAUAGUGAGUGCUACCUGCUGGCUGCCAUGGCUUAUGACCGCUACGUGGCCAUCUCCAAGCCCCUGCUUUACGCUCAGGCUAUGCCAGGGAGAUUGUGCAUCUGUUUGGUUUUACAUUCCUAUACUGGGGGUUUUGUCAAUGCAAUAAUAUUAACCAGCAACACAUUCACACUGGAUUUUUGUGGUGACAACGUCAUUGAUGAUCUCUGUGAUGUCCCACCCCUGGUGAAGCUGGCAUGCAGGGUGAGAGACAGCUACCAGGCUGUACUGCAUUUCCUGCUGGCCUCCAAUGUCAUCUCCCCUACUGUGCUCAUCCUGGCCUCUUACCUCUCCAUCAUCGCCACCAUCCUGAGGAUCCGCUCCACCCAGGGCCACCUCAAAGCCUUCUCCACAUGCUCCUCCCACCUGAUCUCUGUUACCUUAUACUAUGGCUCCAUUCUCUACAUCUACUCUCGGCCAAGUUCCAGCUACUCCCUUGAGAGGGACAAAAUUGUUUCUACCUUUUAUACUGUGCUGUUCCCCAUGUUGAACCCUAUGAUCUACAGUCUGAGGAAUAAAGACGUGAAAGAAGCUCUGAAACAAUUCUUCAAGUCAGCGUAAUCCAAAGUCUGA